AAGAGCAUUAACAUCCCAUCAAUCCCAUAGCCAUUUUCCCUAAUAGAGCCACUUAAAAUCUACUUCUAGGAGACGUACGUACAGUCCAAGAGGGUGAACAAUUUCCUGGAAAUUUCGCGCUUCCUAUUUGCUUUUAUUUACAAAAAUCCAAAAACCCUUGAAAACAAUCAUAACGUAACGUAACUUCAAUAUUUUCCAGCAAAUAAAAAGGAAAACCAUCAGUUUCUUCUAUCAUUUAAUAUCAGCACCAUGAUUCCUCGUGCUCCAGGUAGCCGGAGACUUAGCUCCAUCAGGGUUCUUUCAACCUCCGAGAGAACACAACAAACAUUCCCACCAGAACAUCAUUCCGACAUCGUUCAACGGAGAGGAGGCCUUGUCGCAGUCCCGGCAAGGUUGACAACCUCCUCGUCUUCCAGGUUUCCGGUUGUCAACGACGGAAUAUCCCAAAGGCUGACGAAGUUGCUGCUGAAUGUGAAUAUAGAGAGCAGCUUGGGGCCAGUCCAUGUGAUUAUGCCAUCAGAUAAUACAGUGAAUGAUUUAAUCAAAGCUGCUAUAGAAAUUUACAUCAAGGAGAAGAGAAGGCCAUUGUUAGAGGAAACUGAUCCUAAGCUUUUUCAGCUUCAUUAUUCGCAGUUCUGCCUGGAAAGUUUAAGAGCAGGGGAGAAGCUGAUCAACUUGGGAUCGAGGAAUUUCUUUUUGUGUUUGAAGAAGCGGCCAUCUUCCUCGGACACUUUCUUAUCGGCAAAGGCAAAGUUGGCAUCGGAGACUCUGUUUUCUCUGACAAAACUCGGGGAGUUGUUGCUCUAAAACUUUCCUCUUUUCCAUUGUAAAUCUAGCAAGAAAACGGGUAUAGCAUUGAAAGCACAACGGGUUUAAACUAAAUUUUUUAAUCCCAAUAGUUAAUCAAAUCAUUAGUUGGAUCGAAUUGAUUAAAAGAUUAUUAAA